CUUUGAGUCUCUACUCUAGAAAGAUCUAACGAUGUCUGGAAGAGGUAAAACCGGAGGCAAAGCCAGAGCAAAGGCAAAGACCCGCUCCUCCCGCGCCGGGCUCCAGUUCCCCGUCGGCCGUGUCCACAGGCUGCUGCGUAAAGGAAACUACGCCCAGCGUGUCGGUGCCGGAGCCCCCGUGUACCUGGCGGCGGUGCUGGAGUACCUGACCGCUGAGAUCCUGGAGCUGGCCGGAAACGCCGCCCGCGACAACAAGAAGACCAGGAUCAUCCCCCGUCACCUGCAGCUGGCCGUCCGCAACGACGAGGAGCUCAACAAGCUGCUGGGCGGAGUGACCAUCGCUCAGGGCGGCGUGCUGCCCAACAUCCAGGCGGUCCUGCUGCCCAAGAAGACCGAGAAGCCCGCCAAGAAGUAAACAACCACAACCACAAACAACACAACGGCUCUUUUAAGAGCCACACAUCUCAAACUAAAGACACACUUCCUGCUGUAAUUUAUAUUUUAUGAUUAAAGACAACUUCUCCAUUAUGCACCACUCAAAGUUUAUAUCAUCACAAAAUGUUUCUGUUCUUGAUGAAUUCAUUCUAUUGGUCUUUAUUGACCAAGAGACAUAUUCACAAGCUACCCAGCAGUAUAUAAAAUCAUAUUAGCUUCAUCUACAUCAUAAUAAAAUGGACCAUUUUACAUAAUGAAUACUUUUAUUCUUUGUUCUCGCCUCUGAACUGGAUUUUUGUAUCAUGUAUCUGUUGUCCAUAGUCUGUUUUUGACAUGCUCAGUUUUAUAGUUUGUGUAACCUUGUAAUGGUGUUCUUUCUUAGCAACUUCUCCCUCAAAAAAAGAGACUUAAAUCUCAGUGGACUUCAAAUAAAUAAUAGAAAGAAUAAUCUUAAGUACUGUAUACCAUGUAGGCUGUUGUGUUUAUUUCAUGUCAAAUAUUUGACAAGAUACAAGUAAAUAAAACAUGUUGAUCUCAUUUUCAAUCUUAAA